AUGGAAUUUGGCCAUGGUUUUGCUAUAUUUGUAGUUUUUUUGGCGUUAGCACUUGUGGUUCUCUCUUUUUUUAGAGUCAAUUUUACAAUCCCAGAGCAAGUCACUGGCCAGUUAACCGGUUAUCCGACAUGGCUUCCUAAGAUGAAAGAAUUCGACGGCAACAAACUCUAUGCUGUGUUUUUAUUCAACCAGACUAUUCUACUUCUUGGCAGUUACUACACAAUAAAAUGGACAUUUAAUCCUCCUACUAGAUCUAGACUUAUCACCCACUUUAUUCUCAAAGAUUCGAAUUCAGUUCAAAUUCCAACAAUCUGGUUUGACCGUGCCUUAGCAAUUUAUAUCGUGGUAACAUUUUUCUCAGGUUUUACCAUAUGGUUUGUUGGUAUUGGUAAAAUAUGGGCCUCUAUUGGUGUAUUUCAUAAUGCGGCAGAAUUUCUGAUACUUUUUACGAUUGGUUCUGGCGGAAGAAUUAAAUCACUGUUAUUUUGGCUUAUUCUCGUAUUUUACAUGUCCAUAAUUAUAACUGGAACAACUUUACUCGAAUACCCUUAUGAUGCUCUGUUGUUCAAAGUUCAAGGUUUAUGCUUCGACUGGGCCCUUGUAAUUGAAUUUAUUCUUAUAUAUAUGACUACUUACUACGAAUAUAGGCAUCGCGAAACAGAUAAUCUCAAUCUGAAUCUUGAUGAACCUGAUGAUAAUAUACCAGCAGCUUAUUCUGUUGAUCAUACACAACUACUUUGGUUAUUAAUUAUUGCCUCUCUCAGUCACGUUCUUGAUCUUCAUGCCACAAGUAUUUAUCCACAAAAACGUAUUUUUCUUCCUAAAACUUCUUGUUGGAAAAUAGUUGUCAUAGCUGUUUCUUCGAUAGUUCUCUCACUUUUAACUAUUCGUUUGGCUGGAUAA